AUGGCGGAAGCGGAGCAGCAGCAGCAGCCCCUCGUCUCUCCUCAGAGCGAGGGCCGAACCGAGGGCGGGGAGGAAGCCCCGGAAGGAGGCGCUGCAGCUGGGGCUGCCGAGCCGGCUCCCCCUCCGGCCGGAUCACCGGGCACCGAGGAGCCAGCCGGCGACACAAAAAAGAAAAUUGAUAUCUUGUUGAAGGCCGUGGGCGAUACCCCGAUUAUGAAGACCAAGAAGUGGGCUGUGGAGCGUACCCGGACAAUCCAGGGUCUCGUUGACUUCAUCAAGAAGUUCCUCAAGCUGAUGGCCUCCGAACAGCUGUUCAUAUAUGUAAAUCAGUCCUUUGCUCCAUCUCCGGACCAAGAAGUUGGGACCCUCUAUGAGUGUUUUGGAAGUGAUGGCAAACUUGUACUGCAUUACUGCAAAACUCAGGCAUGGGGAUAAGUGACAAAUAAUACGGCUGUUUAGGUGGUGUCUUCAUGAAUGGAAAAGGGACUAACUUUGUUAAACUCACCUGUAAACACAGAAAGAAGGGUUUUUGCAUUUCUGCUUGUGACUGCAUU